CUACAACUAAUAAAAAAUCGGAGAAAAACGAACACAUUUGAAGUUGCUUUAAGUGUUUUUUUUAUACUAUUCUGUAACAAGAAGGAGUACCGAAGUCUCGAGUGAGAAUGAAAUCUUACCAAAUAGCAAUUAGCUAUACCGAUAUUGUCAGCUUUGGCGCUGGUGUACAUUUAAUUUAUGUUGUUAUCUUUUCUUAAUAUCAAAUAUUUUUGAUUUAAAUAGUGUAAUUAACAGCUAAAAUAGUUACAAUCGGGUACAAAAAUAACACAAUGAUAAAAUGGAUUCAGUUAUUCCAAAUGGCACCACCUCACAAAUCAUCCAAAAUUAAGUUAUUGAUAUUUAACACGCCAUUAAUACAAAUGUAGUACCUUACUGUUCAGCAAAACACGCUAUGAUCUAUUUAUAUCUGACAUAAAAAAGUAUGUGGGAACCAGUCCACAUAUUUUAUUUAUAAUAAGAACAAUCCAGCUGUAACAAAUAAUAAUCCAUAAAUGUUUUAGUUGGAAUAUUUUGUAAUAACUCAGUCCAAAUAAUUAUAAACAUUUGUUUCAUGAAUACCCUUCGAAUUGAAUGAUUUAUGUGGUCAAAAUAAAUACGAAUUCACUGUUACAUAGUUCAGAUUUUAUCCUUUUUAAAUUGCGACUUAAAAUCAUUUGCCACAUUGACGAUGAAUAACAUUACCUACUUAUCAAGUUUAUUGCGCUGGAGCAUCUGUUAAGCCACGCCUGUUGCAAUUUCGACAACAGUAUUCUUUGUGGCAUUUGACAUUUCAGACUUAAUUUUUAUGUUACGCAGUUUUAGAACGAUUAUGCAUUAAAUUUGACAUGACGGUAGUAGCGGACAUGCUGUGAUAGUCCAAUCUUGUUAUGCUCUAUUCUUACAUACAAAGACUGAUUUUAUUCUCAUGUAAUCAAUAAUUCUAACAACGCAAUAGAAUUGUUAUUUACGUUAACACUUAUCGUCAUUUUCAAUUUUUUAUAAUCAUAUUAUAAAUAAAAAAAAAUCUAAAUCGGAUCAUAAAAAUAAUUGACUUUGAGGUAACAAACGUAAAAAGGUACAGAUCUACUUGAAAAUCUCCUUCUCCUAUUUUUGAAAUCAGUUAAAUUGUUUGGUCAUAUAAUUUACAUUGAAAACUGCGUAUUAUUUUAUUUAACCACAAUAAAAGAAAUAAAACAUUAUUUUUAUAUUUUAGUUUUACACAAAAAUUUGACUGGGUGGGGGAUCGAUGGCUAACCCUUACGCAAUUCUAUUUUAUUUCUAGAAGUUCCCUGCUGCAUCUUCGAAGUCUAAGGUGCAAUACCAAGGAAAUUAUAAUUGGGCAAUGCAAUGCAAAAAUAGUUAUCUAAACCGGAGAUUAUGUUAAAAAAUAAACUAAAAAAAACUCAUGGUCCGUGGCGGCCUCUUCGAUUAGGUUUAAGGGUAAUGUGUAUGCUAGGUUUAAGGGUAAUGCGUAUGUAAUAUGUUGUUGUGUAAUUAAUUUGUAAAAUUUACUUUAAUAAAUAAAAUUCGUAUAUUAAAUGCAAUUAGAACACAUAUGAGACCACUAAAAAAAUACGACGAAUAAGUACAUAGCCCCUCCUUUUUUAAAGUUGGUUAGAUUCAAAAGUGAUAAGGCGAAAUAGUCUUCAUUCAAAAUAAUAUGAUAAAAAUAUUAUCGCAUUGUACCAAAGCUUAUCAUAACCAAACUCUUUAAUGCUUAGCUUGAUUGUGUACACGUUUGUACCGUUAGUGGAUAUCAGUGAUUCGUGAGUUACAAGGAUUUUUUUACAAAUGCCGUAAAACAAAAUAAUGGAAGAGGUGACCGUGUAUGAAGUGCAAUCUAUACGAAACCGUAUUUUAGAAAAUGUGCAAUCCGAAAAUAGUUCAUCAACUCGUCACAAUGUGUCAGUCGCACCAAAUGAAUUCUCAGAAAAUGGAGAGCCAACACUCAACACAUCACCAAAUCCAGGUGUAGCUGAAGUAUCAAAUCGAUUGCCAGAAUGUCCACCGCCGGAAACUACGAUACCAAAGCAAGGAAUGAAGUUGGUUUUUUCAAUUCAAUUGUCACAAAAAACAUUAACAUGUAAUAUAUCGCCGCAUCAACAUACAACAGAAGGUAACAAUCGAUUGUCAGAAUGUGCACCAGCAGACAUUACAAGACCUACGCAGGAAAUUCCGCUUGUUUCACCAAAUCAAGUGUCAGUAAAUAUACAGACAGACAUCAAAACAUCGGCUCAUCAACGAAUAGUAAAAGAAAAAAAAGUAUUGCCAGAAUAUUCACCAUCAGAGACACCAAAUCGUGAAAUGACGAUGGUUGUUUCAAUUCAAUUGUCAGAAAAUGCCUCGCUAGAAAUCGAUACGUCGACGCCUGAACGAACAGUAGAAUCAUCAAAUGCAUUGUCAGAAAAUUUACCCUCAGAAGAUAAUAGACUUAUGCAUCAUCAUACAGCAGAUGCAAUUAGUAGAUUGCCAGAAUAUUCAUCACAAGAUACUCAUACCACAAGUCAUGGGAUGCCGGCGGUUUUAUGUAAUGAAUUGUCAGACAACGCACAAUCAGAUGUCAAUACACUAACUUAUCAACAAACUGCAGAAGUAACCAAUCGAUUGCCAGAAUAUUCACCACAAGAAACUAUUACCCUAAGACAAAGGAUACCGGCGGUUUUAUAUAAUCGAUUGUCGAAAAAUGCACCAUCAGAGGCCAACAAAAUUACUUAUCAACAUAUAGCAGAAGUAACCAAUCAAUUGCCAGAAUAUUCACCACAUGAUACUUUAAUACCAAGGCAAGGAAUGCCGUUGGUUUUAUCCAAUAGAUUCUCAGAAAAUGCACCAUCAGAAGCCGAUACACUAACUUAUCAACAUUCUGCAGAAGUAACCAAUCGAUUGCCAGAAUAUUCACCACAUGAUACUUUAAUAACAAGGCAAGGAAUGCCGUUGGUUUUACCGAAUCGAUUGUCAGAAAAUGCACCAGCAGAAGCCAAUACACUAACUUAUCAACAUACAACAGAAGUAACCAAUCGAUUACCAGAAUAUUCACCACAUGAUACUUUAAUAACAAGGCAAGGAAUACCGUUGGUUUUAUCUAAUCGAUUGUCAGAAACUACACCAUCAGAAGGCAAUACACUAAGUUAUCAACAUACAACAGAAGUAACCAACCGAUUACCAGAAUAUUCACCACAUGAUACUUUAAUAACAAGGCAAGGAAUACCGUUGGUUUUAUCUAAUAGAUUGUCAGAAACUGCACCAGCAGAAGCCAAUACACUAACUUAUCAACAUACAACAGAAGUAACCAAUCGAUUACCAGAAUAUUCACCACAUGAUACUUUAAUAACAAGGCAAGGAAUACCGUUGGUUUUAUCUAAUCGAUUGUCAGAAACUGCACCAUCAGAAGGUAAUACACUAAGUUAUCAACAUACAACAGAAGUAACCAACCGAUUACCAGAAUAUUCACCACAAUAUAGUUUAACACCAAGGCAUGGAAUGUCGUCGGUUUUGUCAAAUCAAUCGUCACAAAACGCACAACCAGAAAUCAAUAUAUUGUCACAUCAGCAAUUAGCAAACAAUCGAUUGCCAGAAUAUUCACCACCAAGGAAUGGCAUGACUUUUGCUUCGUCAAAUCAAUUGUUAGAGAAUCAACCAGCACAUACACUAACGCGUCCACCAGCAGCACUACCUAAUCAAUCGUCAGAAAGAACGUCAGAGAUAAUUGCAUCUACCCAACAAAUACAACGAAUAAAGCCUGAUGUUUGUGUGGGCCCAAAGCCAGUUGUAAUUGUUUGUCCGAAUUGUAAACUCGAGAUCAUGACACAUAUCGAGAGGCGGCCUACGAUGUGGACACAUUUUAUUGCUCUAACAUUUUGCAUUAUUGACUGUUGGCCUUGCGCGUGUCUCACCUACGGCAUGAGGACUUGUAAUAGGUUAAACCACAUUUGUCCAAAUUGCAGUGCCUACAUAGGAUCCUGCGAAUAGGCUUGCAUAGAAAUAUUCAGCUCUCAAUGCUAAAAAGCAAAAUUUUGUAAAUAUCAUGAAGGCUUGCAAUGUUAUGAAUGUUUUCUGAAAUGCAUCAACUCUGAAAAGCCUGGAAGGAUAGCAACACUAAUAGAACCAAAAUUAAAAUUGUUGAUACAUUGGUCUUCUAGAUUUUUCUAUACGGGUACGAAUCUUGGAUUGUAAGAGCAGCAGACAGAAGGAGGAUAGAUGUGUUUGAAAUGAUGUGCUCGGGUAAGAUGAUUAGAAUACUAUGGACUGCACAUCGAAACAUGUCCAUCCUGAAACAACUGCAUUUCGAAUAAAGCCAAAGGCUUUCUGCGACCUAUUUACACAGAACCUUAACGUGUUUCCGAUAUAUCGCCAGAACCAGACAACCUGGAACAGCUGCUCAUGGUUGGAAAGUUGAAAGGGAAGAGACCACGAAAACGAAACCCCAAAAGAUGGAUAGACCAGGCUUCCAAUGCGUUAUAUGUCUCCAUUAAUUCAGCACUUCAUCAGAUAGAAGACCGAAGCCAAUAAAGAGAUAUCACUAUGAAGAUAAUUGAUAGUCACGAUCCUCAAUAAUGAGGGACCGACUGGAGACAGAGAUGAAUGUUUACGUUUGUUUUAAAAUAAAAUGAUAAGGUUUAAAA